AAAAAAUCUUUUUCCAAUCUAUAAAUACAAAUAUAUAUACAAAUUGGCUGCCAAACUUUUAAUUUACCCAUUUUGGAGACAAACCCAUGUUGUAAUUUCACAAAAAGUUUAUAUCUUUAUAUAUAAUUUUUUGUGGGGUUGUUAAAAAAAAUUGUAUCCAAAUGACGGAAAUUGGCGCCAAAAAAUGGAAAAUAUUGAGAUAUGUGAUGAUGGGGUUGAUGAAUUUUGUGUUAUUAUCUUCAAUGUUUGUAUCUGCAGCAGCAGCAGCAGAAGAAAAAAAGAUUGAUGACUUGGCAAGAGAUGAUUGGAAAUUAGGACAGUUUGUGAAUUAUUUGUUUCAAACAGAUGGAUCUGGGUAUCAUCAUGUUUGGCCUGAAAUGGAAUUCGGGUGGAAAAUUGUUCUUGGCACUUUCAUUGGAUUUUGUGGAGCAGCAUUUGGGAGUGUAGGUGGAGUUGGUGGUGGUGGUAUAUUUGUGCCAAUGCUUUCUCUGAUAAUCGGUUUUGAUGCAAAAUCUUCUACUGCUAUUUCAAAAUGUAUGAUUAUGGGUGCUGCAGCCUCAACCGUAUAUUAUAAUCUCAAACUAAGGCAUCCAACUCUUGAUAUGCCCAUAAUUGACUAUGAUUUGGCAUUGCUUAUCCAACCAAUGCUGAUGCUUGGAAUUAGUAUUGGAGUUGCGUUUAAUGUGAUUUUUGCUGACUGGAUGGUCACGGUUCUGCUAAUCAUUCUUUUCAUAGGCACCUCAACCAAGGCCUUUUGCAGAGGUGUUGACACAUGGAAAAAAGAAACAAUCAUGAAAAAGGAGGCUGCUAAGCGCUUGCAGACCAGUGAUGGUACGGAGGCAGAAUACAAGAUUCUACCUGGUGGUCCCAGCAACGGCGCAACCCAAACGAAACCUGAACGAGCAUUGAAAGAAGAGGUGGGUGUUCUUGAGAAUGUUUGUUGGAAAGAACUUGGGCUUCUUGUCUUUGUAUGGAUUGCAUUCCUUGUUUUGCAGAUUGGGAAGAAUUAUACAUCUACUUGCUCUGUAUUGUAUUGGGUGCUAAACUUAGCUCAGGUUCCAAUUUCUUUUGGGGUAUCUGGGUAUGAGGCAGUUAACUUGUAUAAGGGAACUAGAACUAUAUCAUCAAAGGGAGAUUCAUCCAGUCUUAGCAUAGGACAAUUGGUUUUGUAUUGUUCCUGUGGCGUUCUAGCUGGUAUGGUUGGAGGCUUACUUGGUUUAGGUGGCGGUUUUAUUAUGGGUCCACUCUUUCUGGAGCUUGGCGUUCCUCCGCAGGUUUCAAGUGCCACAGCCACAUUUGCAAUGACGUUCUCAUCAUCUAUGUCUGUUGUAGAAUACUACUUACUAAAGCGUUUCCCUGUUCCUUAUGCUGCUUACUUUCUACUUGUGGCGACAAUUGCUGCUUUUGUUGGGCAACAUGUUGUGAGAAAGCUGAUUAUGGUAUUGGGGCGGGCGUCACUAAUCAUAUUCAUCCUUGCCUUCACUAUAUUUGUUAGUGCAAUAUCAUUAGGUGGAGUUGGAAUUUCAAACAUGAUCGGGAAAUUUGAGCGUAAUGAAUACAUGGGAUUCGAGAGCCUUUGCAAGUAUGAGGUCUAAAUUUAGGUAAAACAUUUAUCCAAAAUUGGUGAAAACUAUAUGAUAUGGUUUACUUGUAUCUCAUGCUGUGAAAGAUGUAAAUGGGCUAUUUCUACGCUUCUAAAACGACUAGUUCAAGAUUAUUUCAUUUGUGCAAAAUCCGGUUUAGAUUCAAGUGUCUCCGGGAAUCACGCUCCUUUGGACACUUUGAAUUUGGCUUCCGGGUGUCAGAUGUCAAUACACCGAUGAAUGUCACACUUAGUGAGAUACUAUAUCAUAGUCCUUUCAUAUGUUUGUUGAAUCCAAUUUAAGGUUAUGCAUUUUGUUGUCUUUAAGUUCUUCA